CCUAAAAUUUCUAUUUGGUUAAGAUACUUUUCCAAAUAACAAACAAUAAAUGGAGAUUAGUUUUUUGUUGUUGAAUUCAAUAUCCAAUCUCCAACACAGACAAAAAUAAAUAAAUAAAAAAAAAAAUGGAGAUUUGGUUCAUUGUCAUCAUCUCCAUCUGCAUUUGCUCUUUUCUCGGCUCCAUUUUUACGCAUUUCCGAAGCUCCACAAAGCUUCCACCACGCCCUUCUUCAAUCCCCAUCCUCACCAGUUUUCUAUUUCUCCGCAGAUCCCCACUCCAAAUCGAAUAUCUACUCCGGAGUUUCAUCGCAAAAUAUGGCCCCAUCAUUACCCUCCCCAUCGGCACAAGCGCCGCCGUCUUCAUCGCUGACCGCUCCCUCGCCCACAAGGCCCUCGUUCUCAACGGCGCUCUCUUCGCCGACCGUCCACCGGCGCUACCUUUUAGCAAGGUCAUGACCUCCAACCAACACAACAUCAGCUCUGCCUAUUACGGCCCACUCUGGCGCCUCCUCCGCCGCAAUCUCAAUUCCCAAAUCCUCCAUCCUUCCCGUGUCAGGUCCUACAGUCAUGCUCGCAAGUGGGUUUUGGAUAUUCUUCUCAAUCGUCUUCAAUCUCAGUCUGAAUCGGGAAACCCUGUCUCAGUUAUCGAGAAUUUUCAGCACGCUAUGUUCUGUUUGUUGGCGUUGAUGUGCUUUGGGGAUAAGUUUGAUGAAUCCCAGAUCAAGAAAAUUGAAGACGUGCAUCGAGCUAUGUUGUUGAAUUUUGGGCGUUUCAGCGCCCUCGAUUUCUUGCCGAAGUUGUCCAAGAUUUUCCUCCGAAAACGUUGGGAGGAGUUUUCGGAACUGAGAAGAAACCAAGAGAAAGUCGUAAUUCCUUUGAUUGAAUCAAGAAGGAAGGAAAACCAAAACAGAGAAAACCGAGGCGAAAAUAAAGAAGAACUCGUGGUAUCAUAUGUAGACACACUGCUUGAUUUAGAGCUUCCCGAUGAGGACAAUAGAAAGCUUACUGAUGAGGAGAUGGUCAGCAUAUGCUCCGAGUUCCUCAUCGCCGGCACUGAUACAACCUCCACAGCCCUGCAAUGGAUAAUGGCGAAUUUAGUGAAAAACCCAGAGAUUCAAAACAAGCUUUUGGCAGAGAUGAAAGGAGUAAUGGGAGAUGGAUCAAUGGAGGAGGUGAAAGAAGAGGAUUUGGAGAAACUUGCAUAUCUGAAAGCAGUGGUAUUAGAAGGAUUAAGAAGACACCCACCAGUGCAUUUCGUGUUACCACACGCAGUGAAAGAAGAUACAAUGUUGGAAGAUUAUGUGAUACCAAAGAAUGUGACUGUAAAUUUUAUGAUUGCGGAGACAGGUUGGGAUCCAAAAGUGUGGGAAGAUCCGAUGGAAUUCAAACCAGAGAGGUUCACGAAAGCCGGCGAAGGAGGAGAAGGUGCGUUUGAUAUAACCGGAAACAAAGAGAUAAAGAUGAUGCCAUUCGGAGCAGGGAGAAGGAUGUGUCCUGGAUUCAGUUUGGCGAUUCUUCAUUUGGAAUAUUUUGUUGCUAAUUUGAUUUGGCGAUUUGAGUGGAAGGCCGUCGAUGGAGAUGAAGUGGAUUUGUCGGAGAAGCUAGAGUUCACGGUGGUGAUGGAAAAGCCUUUGAAAGCCAACAUAAAUCCCAGGUGAAUUUGCCCUGCACUGUGCCUCGUCACUUUGUGAGUCCAAAUGCAAAGACUAAACAACCUUCGCUUUGGCUACUUAAUUUUCUACGUAUUGAAUCAAGUGCAAUAGGGAGAUCAUUAAAUUCAGCUUAAAUUAUAAGUUUGGUAGCUUAUGUCAUGAAGUUUAUAAAAUGUAGAAUAUAGAAAUUGUGCCAUCCUGUAAACAUAAUUUAUGGUUGUUGUUUGUUUUUUUUUUUUUUUGAAAUGAAAGAACAAAGCAAAAUGAAUCAAUGUAUGUACAGCAUUUCUGACA